GCUUAUGGGAGGGGGUAGGAUGUUCUUCCGGAAGACGUACCCCAAGAGGCCAUAAGACGAGCAUCAUUCCCUCCAGGAGCGAAUAUCCCACACGAGACAUUGCGGGCAUCAUGGCGUCCGCUUCAGCCGCCAACGCCGUCACGACCCUGCGCACGGCUGCGGAUGAGGCGGCCGACACCGCGAGUGCUGGCAGGAACUGGGCGGCAGAGAAAUUCCGAGAAUGGCCAAAUGAAGCGGGGUUUGAGGGCCUGACUGAGCAUCGAGGGCCCAUCGAGCUGACGGUUCAAGGUCACAUACCGGUCUGGGCCGCCGGCAUCCUGUACCGGACAGGCCCUGGCGUGCGCACCGUCGACGAUACGAAGUCGGGGGCUUUCCAUAUCGAUCACUGGUUUGACGGGCUCGCCCACACUCACAGGUUCGAGAUCUUCACAGACAAGACGACUGGCGACGGCACCCGCGAUGGCGUCUCGGAAGCCACCCAAGUCCGGGUGCGGUACUCUUCUCGUUUCCAGUCGGACGCCAUCGUCAAGGACAUCAAAGCUGCGGGGAGGUUCCCCGCCAUCUCGUUCGGCCAACGCAGCGACCCGUGCCUGGGAUUGUUCUCAAAGUUCAUGAGCAAUUUCCACCACCGAAAUAAGCGCCUGGACAACUAUCCCGUCACGGUCCAAGCCGGGGUGCCACUACAGAGACUCGCCAAAGCCAGGGAAACCGCCGUCCCGAACCGCAGCCAAGGACAUCGAGCCAGCCCCGGUCCAGUGUUCCUCGGCACUGACACAGCUUGGCUUUCCGAGAUCGACCCCGAGACCAUGGAACCGCGCGGGCCGCUGCACCCUAAACGUCUCCAUCCCGACCUCAAAGGCGCCGUCGGUCCCGCGCACGCCAUGGUAGACCCGGAGACCAACGACUACUUCGGCGUCAACAUAGACGUGGCUCUCUCGGCCACCUAUCGCAUCUUCCAGGUCAGCGCCGCGACGGGAGAGACGACCAUCCUGGCCACCAUCAAGGAGAAGCCGGCGUACAUCCACAGCUUCUUCCUGACGCGCAACUACGUCGUGCUCUGCAUCCCGGUGUCGCAGUUCGACGGCCUCCGCGCCUCCUGGGAGGGCAGCCUGCUGGGCGGCCUCAAGCCGUUCGACGAGACCGAGCCGUGCAAGUGGUUCGUCGUCGACCGGCGGCGCCGCGGGAGGGGCGGCCUGGUCGGCGUGUUCCGCUCGCCCGCCGCCUUCUUCUUCCACUCGGUCAACGCGUUCGAGGACGACAACGGCGACCUGCUCUGCGACCUCGUCAAGUAUCCCUCGACAGAUAUUAUUCGGGCUAUGUACUACCGUAUACUCCUCAACCACGGGGACAGCGCGAAGGAGUUCUGGACCGAUCCGAAGACCGCCGGCAAGCGGCAGCAGCUGCACCUGGCGAGGUACAGGCUCCGCAGUGCCGAGUUUCAGGCGCAGGAGGGCCACAGCCCGACAUGGUCCUCGGUUCCAGCGGCGGAGCUGGAGUUCGAGAUCGCCGGCCCCCACGCCGGCGACAUGCCCACCAUCAACCCGGCCUACGCGUGCCGGAAGCACCGCUACGUCUACUGCCUGAUCAACCGCGGCCUGAGCACCCUGUUCGACUCCAUCGCGAAAGUCGACACGCACACCCGGCAGGUGGUGAGCUGGUCCGGCGGGGUCGGCCACAGCCCCGGCGAGGCCAUCUUCAUUGCGCGUCCCGGCGUGGGUGAGGACGGCCAACGGGUCGAGUCCGAGGAGGACGAUGGGGUUCUGCUCAGCGUCGUGCUUGACGGAUUCCAGAGGAGCAGCUAUCUCGUGUGUCUCGAUGCUAAGACCAUGACGGAGCUCGGGAGAGCUGAGUGUGGAUUCGCGGUGGCCUUCGGGUUCCACGGCCAGCAUAUAAGGGGCAAGGAGGAGAAGUAGGGGGCGUUGGCUUUCUCCUUGCCCUUGUUGCGUCAUCAUGUUAUUCGCCUUCUCUUCCCUUUGUACGGUCCAAGUCGCGAGCAACAGUGUCAGGUUAUUCCAAGAGGCUAAUCCACCUUCUCUGUACUCCCUCAGUCGUACCGAAUGGCUCGUCUUGGACUGCAUAACAACCGCGAAAUAGCAAACAUACCGAACGUGGACGUCUCCGUUUGUAAACUCGCGCAACAAUUGUGGCGCGUACGUGGGUUUUCUCCCAAGGAUGCUCCUGCUACCAAUACAGCGCCAUUAC